AUGGAGUCGGAAAAGAUAAACGAAUUGGAAUUGGAAAAGACGAACAAAUUAGAAUUAAAAAGGAUGAACAUACUGGAGUUGAGAAGGACGAACGAAUUGGAACCAAAAAAGACGAUCGUAUUGGAAUUGAAAAGGCCGAGCGCAUUGGAAUUGAAGAGACCGGACGUAUCGAAGUUAAAAGAAACGAACGAAUUGGGAUUGAAAAAGACAAACGAAAUGCCUGUGAUAAAUGGAAAGAAAAGGUGGCUAAGUUUAAAGCAUGGAUGAACGAAACCAGAAUAACAGCUAUGUGCCACGAAACUUAUCCAGAAUCGCGUGAUCAAGAACCUAAAGAUGGAAAAAAGGAAAUUGUCAAGGCUAAUGUGCGCAACACCAAACUGACACGAGUAUUGCCGCCGAACCCUGAAAUAAUAAGCCCGAUUUUGAACAGCAGACCUAAAGGAAAGAGGAAACGAUGGUUAGAGGUCGGAAAGAAAUUUACAAGCGAAACCAAAG